GACUGCGGAGAGCUAUUGGCUGCCGGCUUUGUAAAUUUCAUUCAGUUUGAUCCAAUAGCAGGAGGAGUGCGCCUGGUACAGCCUGGACCUCUCUCUCCCGCUCCCUCCCCGCUCGCCUUGCCUUGCAGAUCAGCCUCCCCGGCUCGGGCUCUGCAUAGGCAAUCACAGCCCCUGCUCGCAGACCCAACUCACCCUCUUGCACCGAUUGCAAUGAAUUUUAUGCCUGAAUGUAGGUCGCUGACAGCCGAGAGCACGAGUUUCCUGCGCAUCCAGUGCUGUUUUAUUUCCUGUUGAUAUUUUUAAUUUUUCUUCCCCUCCUCCUCCUCCCUCCCUCCCCCAAUUCAUGGUCACUGCAUUCCUUUGGAGAAGCAAAUCGCGUUGGAUUCCAAAAAGGAGAGCAGGAUCCUUGUGUGAUAACACCGGCUGCAUGACAUCCUGAGAGGAUUUCCUGAAGGAAUCUGGCUGUGUGAAAAAGCCCCUCCGCUUCUGCCUCUCUUCCAGCAUUAAGGCAACAUUUGUGCUGUAACUAAAAUGACGGCAUGCUGCCUCCUUUGGGGGGAUUCUGAAGGUUUCUCAAAGAUGCAACACAGUGGCUGAGUGGACUGGACUUCACUGGAGGGAGUCAUUUUGCUGGGGAAGUGGAGUAACCGUGGUACUUUUCUCACUCUAUUGGCUGGAACGUGCUGUGCAUUGUCAGGAUUAAGACGACACUCAAGACUGGGAUGGGCCUUGGGGACAAACACUCCCUGGUUUCUUUUGACUCUGGAAUUUGUCUAUAGCCAAUCAACUAAGUCACACAUCAGAUUUUGGUUUUUCGCUGCCUGAGAAAGGUUAUGCUAUUUUUGAAUAGUUUAUUAUUUUGUUAAUAAUUUUCAUUUUAUUUGACUCAUUUUUCUACUGCUCGUGGGAAAAAUAAGAGUCCUGCUGAUGUUGAUUUAAAUAAUGUCGAAACCAAUGGGACUCCUAUGGCUGCCUUUGAUCUUCACUCCAGUGUGUGUCAUGCUGAAUUCCAACUUCCUCCUAUGGAUAACUGCACUAGCUAUAAGAUUUACUCUUAUUGAUGGCCAAGCACAAUACCCAGUGGUUACCACAAAUUAUGGCAAAAUACGUGGUUUAAGAACACCUUUACCCAAUGAAAUCCUUGGUCCAGUGGAACAGUAUCUGGGUGUUCCUUAUGCCUCUCCUCCAACUGGGGAAAGGCGAUUUCAGCCCCCAGAGCCACCAUCAUCUUGGACAGGUGUCCGUAACGCCACACAAUUUGCUGCUGUCUGCCCACAGUACCUGGAUGAGAGGUCAUUGCUCAACGACAUGCUGCCAGUCUGGUUUACAGCCAAUCUGGAUACUGUGGUGACAUAUGUUCAAGAUCAAAAUGAAGACUGCCUGUAUUUGAAUAUCUAUGUGCCCACAGAAGAUGGAGCCAACACAAAGAAAAGCGCAGAUGAUAUAACCAGUAAUGAUCGUGGUGAAGAUGAAGACAUUCAUGAUCAGAACAGCAAGAAACCAGUUAUGGUCUACAUCCAUGGCGGAUCUUACAUGGAGGGUACUGGCAACAUGAUUGAUGGGAGCAUUCUUGCAAGUUAUGGAAAUGUCAUUGUUGUCACCCUCAAUUACAGGCUGGGCGUGUUAGGUUUUUUAAGUACUGGGGACCAAGCUGCAAAAGGCAAUUACGGAUUGCUUGACCAAAUCCAAGCUUUGCGUUGGAUUGAAGAAAAUAUUGGAUCUUUUGGAGGAGACCCAAAAAGAGUUACUAUUUUUGGAUCUGGGGCAGGAGCUUCCUGUGUCAGUCUUCUGACACUCUCUCACUAUUCAGAAGGUUUGUUCCAAAAGGCAAUCAUACAGAGUGGAACAGCCCUGUCCAGCUGGGCAGUGAACUAUCAGCCUGCCAAGUACACUCGGAUAUUGGCAGAUAAAGUCGGCUGCGACAUGCUGGAUACCACUGAUUUGGUUGAAUGCCUUCGGAAUAAGAACUACAAAGAACUCAUUCAACAGACCAUCACUCCAGCCACGUACCACAUUGCCUUUGGCCCUGUGAUAGAUGGAGAUGUGAUUCCAGAUGACCCUCAGAUUCUCAUGGAGCAAGGCGAAUUCCUUAACUAUGAUAUAAUGCUGGGUGUAAAUCAAGGCGAAGGUUUAAAAUUUGUGGAUGGCAUUGUAGACAAUGAAGAUGGUGUUUCUCCCAAUGAUUUUGACUUUUCUGUCUCCAAUUUUGUGGACAAUCUAUAUGGUUAUCCAGAAGGAAAAGAUACACUCCGAGAGACCAUUAAAUUCAUGUAUACGGACUGGGCAGACAAGGAAAACCCUGAAACAAGACGAAAGACCCUGGUAGCACUUUUUACUGACCACCAGUGGGUUGCUCCUGCUGUUGCCACUGCUGAUCUGCAUGCUCAGUAUGGAUCUCCAACGUAUUUCUAUGCAUUUUAUCACCACUGCCAAAGUGAAAUGAAACCAAGCUGGGCUGAUUCAGCUCAUGGUGAUGAAGUCCCGUAUGUGUUUGGCAUUCCUAUGAUUGGCCCAACAGAAUUGUUCAACUGUAACUUUUCCAAGAAUGAUGUCAUGCUCAGUGCAGUUGUUAUGACAUACUGGACAAACUUCGCCAAAACUGGAGAUCCAAACCAGCCUGUUCCACAAGACACAAAGUUCAUCCACACAAAACCAAACCGCUUUGAAGAAGUAGCCUGGUCCAAAUACAAUCCUAAAGAUCAGCUUUAUCUGCAUAUUGGCCUGAAACCACGAGUUCGUGAUCACUACCGAGCAACAAAAGUUGCUUUCUGGUUGGAGCUUGUGCCACACCUUCACAACCUGAAUGAAAUUUUUCAAUAUGUUUCCACAACAACUAAAGUACCCCCUCCUGACAUGACAUCAUUUCCUUAUGUCACCCGACGCUCUCCUGGUAAAUUGUGGCCAGCCACCAAACGCCCAGCAAUGACACCUGCCAACAAUCCCAAACAUUCAAAAGACACUCAUAAAACAGCUCCCGAGGAUACAACAGUUCUGAUAGAAAACAAGAGAGAUUACUCUACUGAGCUGAGCGUCACCAUUGCUGUGGGAGCAUCCUUGCUGUUCCUCAAUAUUUUAGCAUUUGCUGCAUUAUAUUACAAGAAAGACAAGCGGCGUCACGAGACUCACAGGCGCCCUAGCCCCCAGAGGAACACAACCAAUGAUAUCGCACACAUACAAAAUGAAGAGAUCAUGUCAUUGCAGAUGAAACAGCUGGAACAUGACCAUGAGUGUGAAUCACUGCAGGCCCAUGACACGCUGAGACUAACCUGUCCACCUGACUACACGCUUACUUUGAGAAGGUCUCCAGACGACAUUCCACUCAUGACUCCCAACACCAUAACCAUGAUCCCAAAUACAUUAACAGGAAUGCAGCCUUUGCAUACUUUCAACACCUUCAGUGGAGGACAAAACAGUACGAAUUUGCCCCAUGGACAUUCAACUACUAGGGUAUAGCUCAGCCCUUCCCCCUCACAAGCCACCUGGAAGAAAGAGAAAAAAAAAAAAAAAAAAGAAAAGAAGAGGAAAAAGUUAUAAUACCAUUCAUUGAACACCUUGUCCAAAUCUUAAGUAAAAACAAGUAAAAGAGAAGGACAGACAUUAUUUUCUUACUGUUCCUUCCCAAAGAAACUCUCUGAUGUUAAAGAUCAACUAUAAACCCUGUGAAAUGUGAAAAGUGUAUAUUGCUGUUACAAUACUGCUUUAAGAUCUCAACCCCUUUAAUUGAAAGUUGAGGCCAGAAGAAGUCACUUAAAAUGAUGUUUUGAGCAUAUCGAGCAAAGCAGACUCUUCUGGAACACAGAGCCACUGACUGUACAGAUGUUUUGGUUUUGGUUUUUUGGUUUUGGUUUUGUCUUUGGUUUUGGUUUUGUUUUUUUUGUUUGGUUUCUUUUUAAUAAAUAAAAAAAAUCUUUAUGUGCCAUACGAUGAAUGGCCCUUGUUGAAACAAAGACAUCAUCAUGGGCUUUUACCCAGCAUAUGAAGCUGUAAUCCAGAUGGGGGAAAUAGAAUUUUAUUAUUAAUAACAAAAAUGGAAAAAAAAAAAAAAGAGGAGGACUGACUAUGCAGUAAAAUACGUAUAGUUCUGUGCACAGAGGUGACUUGCCAGCCUGAACUAUAUUUAAAGAAACUUUGUAAAAAUGUACAUAGAUGUGCGUUUAAAAACAACUACAAAAAAAAAAAAAAAAAAAAAAAAAAAAGCUUUUAUUGAUGUUUUCAGUUUGAAAAGAGCUUUUAGAAAGGUUGUGCAUUCAGUUGUGACCUAUGUGUAUAUACAUUAGUCAUAUCACCUCUCUUUCCUCCAAGGCCAAAGGAGGAUUUUCUUCUUAAUUACUAGUGGUAAACAAAAGACAUGAGGUUUUUCUAACAUUUCAUUUAUAUGAGGCCAUGGUGUCAUGCAGAGGAUAAAGUUGUCUGUGUGACCUGCAUAUUUUCUCUUACAGGUUACACUAGUGCAUGUUAAAGUAUUCAUAGGAGAUUGCUGUUCUUUUCUGAAACAUUUUUUUUUUAAUAAUUUAAUUUUGUGUUAGCUUUUGUUAAAUUGCAACACAGCAAUGGAUAUGAAAAUGGAAAAUAAUACAAAACAAACAAACAAACAAAAAACAAUUACUAUAUCAUAAGCUUAUUGAAUGAAGAGACAUCCAGUAGUAUAUGUUCAAAAGUCCAGUUUGUAGUUCUUGGUUAUUGAGAUAAAUGAGGAAGAGUCUCGUGCCCUGACAAUAGCAACAAAAGACCCUGUUUAUGUUAGCAUUUUCUGAGCAAACAUAGCUCUAUAUUCACCAGCAGUUGCAGAGGGAUCUCAGAUGAGAAAAUACCUCCUCAGCUUUGCUAAACUAAAGAAAAAGUGAAAUUUGAAAGAACUUCUCUGCCCAGUAUUCUGUUUUGCACUUGAGGAAAGAAUUUCCUGUCAGAACAUACUUUGCUGCUUUAUUACACAGCAGUGCCAUUGUUAAUGAAAAUUACGGAAAUAGAAGCAAAGUCAUCAGAUGUUAUGCAUCUGAAUGUAAUUUCAAAUUCUAGAUAAUAUUAUUGUCAGGAAAGUCAAAACUCCUGGCUGAUUAUUCCCUUCUUCACCUGGAAGAGCCUUGCAGUGCUAUCAAACAAGGAACUUAGCAAUUUGAUUCAAACAACUGAAUUGAAUGUGAAAAGCUAAAAAUAAGUUCUCGCAGAUGAAGAUUGCUUUGCAUUUUGUCUUAGAAAUUUACUGCGUCAUCAAGAGAUCGUAACCAAAGAUAUUUGAACAAAAUUGGUCUGCACUUGAACAUGGUUAUCCCAGAGGUAUUUUGUAUUAUAAAUUCAUGACUAAGCUGCAUCAAUACCAUAUGUCCCAUAGUAAUCUAACACAGGAUGCCUUGUACCUCUUUUUGUUUUCAAUACUUCUUCUUUCUUUUUUUUUUUCUUUUUUUUUUUUUUUUAAUAAGACAUCUUGGAAUAGUCCUUCUGGUGAAUAAAGGUGACAAAAUGAUUCACUGAAGUCAAUACAACUCCUUGUUAUAGCAUGCAGUAAAGCAGAUUCUGAAGGAAAGAAAUAAAAGGAAAGUUAAUUAUUCAACAAAAAAUACAACAUGUGGCUGAUAUAAUCCCUUACCUGUAAUAAAUGUACCAUUACCUGACCUGGAUGCUCAGGUUGGAAUACGAUGAAGUAACAAGCCCAAAGUACAAGUCGUAGCAAAUGGAAAACUGCCUUUUUCACUGAUCCAUCACAUAAUAUUGAUUAAUGCUUACUCUAGACCCAUUCCAUUUCCACCACCUAUGUGAUGCCUCAGCUGAGAUGAAGCAGUUCAUAUCUCUUAAAAUAAUAAUAUAAAAAAAAGAAAAAAAAAAAAGAAAAAAAAGAAAAGAAAAUAGUUAAAAAAAAAAGAAAAAAGAAAAAAGGUAUUGAUGCUUGGCAUCAUAAUCAGUUGGGUAUGUUUGUAAUGUGAAUUACAGUAUUUGUUUAGUACUUCCAAUUGUCUUCUGCUAGCAAUAUGUACAGUACUGUGUCAGGCUUGUGACAUUUGGGUUAAAAAAAAAAAGUUCCUGUAAGUGAAUGAUUUUAGCUUUUAAAAGUAAUUGCAAUCAAGUUGAUUUAAUAAUUCAGUACAUCUGGAUUGACAUAUGAUUUAUAGAGGGAACAGAUUUAUAGGGUCUUAUUAGAAUUCUAUAAUAAUAAUAACAAAAUAUACUUUGAAAACUGUAAAAGAAAAACAAAAGUACUUUCCCAGGCUUAUAUUCUUGACCUUACAAGGCACGCAGGGUUUAAUGGUUUCUUCUGUUAUUGUUUUGCGAUCUUUUGUUUUUUUGCCUUAAGUAAUGAUAGAAGAUAUAUAUGGCUGGACACAUAUGUAUAAACUUUUCAGCAGCAUUUUUAAUAAUAAAUAUCACAGUAUUUUCUAA